UCGAAAUCGGGGACAGUAGACAUAGUAUGUGCAUUUAUUAAACGAGAUAUAUCAUUCAAUGCAACGAACUAGUUUACUAUGCGUUUGUGGGAAUGUAUUGCGCUGAUAAAAUUUAACAGACUUGCAAAAAGAAAUGAAAAAACUCCAUGAUUAAAUCAAUGGAACGACAGAAAGACAUAGACCGGGGAUGGGCAUGGUUAGUGAUGAUGUCAUCAUAUAUUGGGAUGAUUAUAUACUGCAUACCUUUAUUCAUGAGUGGAGUCUUGUACAUAACCCUCCUCGAGAAGUUUAACGAAGGUGAAGCAAAAACUUCACUAAUAGGCGCAAUCAGCUCAGGAUUACUGUUUUGCAGCUCCUUUAGGUGGAGUCAUUAAUAAUCGAUAUAGCUGUCGAGUUUCCAUCGUACUUGGUGGCGCCCUAAAGACUACUGGCUCUGCCGCAAGUGCUUUUGUACCAAGUCUCGACUGGAUGCUUGUUACUGCCGGCAUGUUUGUCGGUUUUGGGUUUGCAAUUUCUUCUUCCGGACUGAUUUGUGUCGUAGGAUUCUACUUCGAAAAAUGGCGGGAUACUGUCAUCUCAUGCGCCUUUCUCACAGUUGGUCUUGCAAUGUUUAUUUCUGCACCGUUUGGGAUAUUUUUUGGUGACAGAAUACGGACUAAGUGCAACAUUUUUAAUUUUGGCAUGUAUUCAAGCUCAGAUGUGUGUUUGUGGAAUGAUAAGUAAACCAUCUUCUAUUGAAAAAGAAGUACACGGACAAAAGAAAAGAGAUAGAAAAUUUGCGGGAGAGUCUACAUCGAAAACAUGUUUAGAUGUAACACUGAUGAGAAAUUGUCCCUAUGCAUGUUUUUUGUUAAGUAUAUCGACAUGGAACUUUAGCCUUUGUGUCGCGAUAAUGCAUCUCCCGAACUAUGUCUCAACUCUUGGUGGGAGUAAUCGUGACAUUGGACUACUUAUGACGUCAUUCUCCAUAGCAAAUACGAUUGGCCGUUUACUUGGAUCAUUAACAAUUUCGAAAAUUCGCAAUAAAUGCUUAUACGGAGUUCUUGGAUUGACUGGGGUAAUAACUUCACUAUUCGUAUUCUACUCGGAUUUUACGGGUGGAACUUACAUUUUUGCGAUUCAGUUAGGAAUGUUUAUCGGCUGGCCUAACUCGAUGAUGACACCACUUUCACUGAGAUUUGUAGGUGUUCAUAAGCUCUCGGAGGCGUACGGAUUAGCCUAUAUUUUCUGUGGUCUCGGUGGAUCAACAGGACCAGUUCUAAUUGGUUACUUGUGUGUGGUUACUGGAUCGUACACAUACAGUUUUGUUGUAGCAGGUGUUGUUCUUUGUUUUGGGUGUUUAUUUGGCGUAUGUUCCAUUUGCUGUAAACAUGAUUCGACUACUGUCGAUGAAACAAAAGAACUGGUUAUCAUACCAAAGGAUGGUCAUGUUGUUGAAAAGUCAUUUCAGCUCGAGGAUGACUCAAAGAUGAAGGUUAUAGUGACAGAAUCUGACAAUUUAUUUGAUUCUUAUUCUGGUCGGGAUUUUCAUAAAGAAAGUGCCAGAAGAAAUGCAACAUGUGUACAGCGACAAGGCCUUGCUGGAGAGGAGGCUGAUAAACUAUUAAUGGGUGAUAUACGAUAGAUCAGAAGUAUUUGUCUUGGCUUUUAUUUAAGAUAUUUUGGAAUUUAUAUGAUCAUUCAAUAUACUCUCAUAUACUCACCAAAUGGUAUAUAUCAUUAAAUUUUAAAUCAAAUAAUGAUGAAGAUUAUAAUACACCCAUUUCUCUCAUCUGACCCUAUUUAGAAAUGUCAUGAUACUGUAGCUGAUCCAAACCAAACUGCGUGUUGGUUUUAACAUUUCUGGUUCUUUUGAGCAGAAACAAGGCAUCCCACAGGGUAAUUUCUAUUUUACAAGUUUUUAGCUCACCUGAGCAAUGCUCAUGUGAGUUUUUGUAAUCGCUCGAUGUCCGGCGUCUGUCUGUCUGUCAACAUUUAGCUUGUGCGAUAGAGGCUGUAUUUUUUAAAUGAUCUUCAUGAAUUUUGGUCAGAAUAAUAACCUUGAUGAAAUCUAGGCCAAGUUCGAAAAUGGGUUAUCUGAGAUCAAAAACUAGGUCACUAGAUCAAAUCAAAGAAAAACUUUGUGUAUGCAAUAGAGGCUGUAUUUUUUAAUUGAUCUUCAUGAAUUUUGGUCAGAAUGAUAACUUUGAUGAAAUCUACGCUAGUUUUGAAAAUGGGUUAUCUGGGAUCAAAAACUAGGUCACUAU